AUGGGUGUGAGAGGUGAGCUGUGCUGGUGUGCGCUGGUACUUGGGCGCGGGCAAAGGACAGCGGACAGGCGCAGUACUACAGCCAGCGUCGAGGCUCAAGGCGAGGACGGGGGGUUGGUGCAGGCGAGGUACCUGCUUGAGUACUCGGUACGAAUGCUAGAUGGCGACGAAGAGUCGCGCGCGACCAGAAAGCCACGGCUGGUGCCAGUGAAUCGUUGA